UCUUCCUCGCCUUGCAUCAUCUCUCCAUACACCCUAUCGCCAUAUUCAUAUGGCUUCAUUCCAUCACUCUGUACAAUUACGUUUGAUGAAAGAGCAAAAGACAACGUUGUCCAAGCUAGCAAAUACUGCUUCCUCCGUGACAACGCUGUCCUUUCUACAGAGGCUCGAUCUGCUCCCAGCGCUAAUCUCAAUCCUGACCGUGGGCUUUCUCUCCCUUUUUACGGGUAUCUUCCGAGGCAAGAAAGGGGCACCGAGCCUCCACCUCCACAUCGCCUAUGCCGUCUUGCGGAGGGCGACAACGCGCCUGUCCCCACUUCAGCUACAGCAAUCUCGCCGUCGACGGAGGCCACGUACUUACAAUAUGUUCGGUCUGCACGGCUUCCUCCCCAGACAGUGGAUUUAGGUGGCGGUGCCAAGGGUCACUGGCUCGGAGAUCGGAACGCGAAGAAGGUGUUGAUUUGGUAUCACGGAGGAGGCUUCUGCCUACCGGCUAGCAUGGCCUAUUUCAACUUCUUCGAACAGCUAAUCGUGUCCACUCGCACCGCUGGUCAUGAUCUCGCGGUUUUCGUCCUCUCCUACACCCUGGUCCCCCACGCACAAUACCCACGACAACUGGUUCAAGCGAUCGAGGCGCUGCAGUAUAUAGUGACGGAAACACACCGCGGUCCAGGGGACGUGCUGGUUGGCGGAGAUUCAGCUGGAGGAAAUUUGGCAGUCGGCGUGUUGUCGCACCUGUCUCAUUGCCAUCCUGCAAUCCCUAAUCUGAAAUUGGAUCAGCCACUCGCGGGAGUAGUACUGCUUUCCCCCUGGACAUCUCUGGAGCUAAUUCCUACCGGGUCGUCCAACAACAUCGGGGAUUUGAUCACGACGCAAGUUGCUGGUCCGUGGUCAAGUGGAUAUCUCGGCGACAACGACAGAGACUACUACACUGAUGCCUCCACAGCCCCGUCGACUUGGUUUGAAAAUGCCCUGACAACGAAUAUACUUGUGCUAGGAGGAGGUAAUGAGAUUAUGAGGCCUAUGAUUGAGCAUUUCGUGCAAAAAGUCAAGCUCGGAUUCCCAUCAGUGGAGUUAUUCUUUGGGGAGCGAGAGGCCCAUGUUGCUCCCGUGUUCAAUCUAUAUGUCGGGUCUAAGACGGAGACAGAACAAGGGAUGAAACUGAAGGAGUGGCUCAAGAAGCUCCUCUAG